GGCUGUCUUGUGUAUAUUUUUGAAUUCCAUCGAGAACAAGCAUGGGUACAGUGGAUCAACAACUCAAAGAAUGGCAUUAACAAAGACAAGAAAGACAACCUCCUGAACAGUUUGCGAAACCUUGCAAGAACUUCCACAGAAGGGGACUUCAAUUUAGCACUUUCCUCAAGGCCGGAAAUCCUUGUAUAACACCGCAGUUUAUGUGAUAAGUAAUUAUUAUUUGGCAACCAUACCACUGACAGGGUGCCAAAAUGACCCUGGGCUCGAAAUUGACUCAAGACCACGCCGUCACUGGCAUAGUAAACUUAAAAGAGGAUACUUCGCAAAAAUGAGUUCUUUUCAACAUAGUAAGCGGUCAGCUAACAAGCGAUGCUCUGUAAGGUGAGGUACUUUUUUAUUAAGAAUUUGACUUAUUAUAUAUUCGUAAGAGCGGUCGUAAGUAUUCUCAUACAUACUCUUAUAAUUUCGCCAUGACUCUUAUUUCUCAAGAGCCUGCUCCCAAAACCGAUAACGUUUUGGAAAUAAGUGUAAGAAAUUACAGUCAACUAGGGAGGUGAAUAUUGUCUUGAAAAUGGUGCAAGGGGAACAAAAAAUGGCCAACUGUUAUUUAGCAAAGCGGAUUUCUAGUCAAUUACCGUACCCAGUUGCUGGGUGCUAUGAUAUUCCUGUAAAGGCUUACGCGGUUCAACGAAUCUGUAGUUUGCGUGACAAAUAUUGGGUGACAACAUGGUUUCGAUUGCAUAAUCAGUCAUAAAUUAUGAAUAUAACCGUGAGAGUAUGGUACCCGAUGAUACAUGCUCGUUUGUUAGGAACAGAAUCUAAACAACCAUGCAUCCGUACGCUUUGAUUGUGAUCUCUGUUUUUUUCCAUACUUCGUGCACGGACGGUGAGGAACCUUUUAGUUUUAUAUUUAUACAAGUCUCGAACUCUAUGCGGCGCGCACAGAAAACGCACGUUUUAAUUAAGAUUGAAUUCAAGUGUCGCACUCGCAGAAAUCUCACACGUCAAGUGAGCAUGACUUGUUGCACUCUAUUCGGCACGCUCAGAAACGCACAUGUCAAGCAAGAUUGCCUCAAGUCUUGCACUCUAUUCGGCACUCACGGUAAACGCACAUGUCGAGUGAGAUUGACCACAACACUCGAACUCUAUUCAGCACACAGGGAACGCAUAUGCUAAGUAAGAUUGACUUCAAGUCUAGUACUCCAUUCGGCUCGCACAGAAAACGAUCAAGUCGAGUGAGAUUGACAACAACACUCGUACUCUAUUCGGCACACACACAAAACGCUCGUGUUAAAACAACCAUGCAUCCGUACGCUUUGAUUGUGAUCAAUUUUUUGUUCCAUACUUCGUGCACGGACGGGCAAGGUGUGAGGAACGACGAUGGAAGUUACACCUUUCCUACUGAAACCAUCCAGGCGACGAAAAGUCAACACAACUUAACAAUAAUGAAUGUUAUGGUACUCACGAAUGCCAUCAUUUCGGUGGACGAAGUCCAGCUCUAUAUCUACGCAGAAUCCGAAAAUAAAAGCGGUAGCCUCGUUUCCCUACUUCCCAAUUCUGCUGGAGUGUUUGAGGCUAGGGUGAACCCGAUAGUGGUUGGGAAUUUCGAAUUGGAAGAAGCUGAUAUCCUUAUGAAAAGUGAAGUAAAUGUUACCUCAACCGGCCAGGUGCAAGUUUCCACAGAAUUCACUCUCCGCCUCUCAAAGACCACACUAGGAGGAAAUGCAAUCGUUGUACAUAAACUUGUUUUUGUUGUGACUUCUCACGACAAAAAUAAAACAGAACAUCGGCACGAUCAAAUGUAUUCCCUGGAGUACACAAAGGGGCAAGGUGUGAGGAACGAUGAUGGAAAUUACACCUUUCCACCUGAAAACAUUCAGGUGACGGAAGGUCAACGUGACUUAACAAUAAUGAAUGUUAUGGUGCUCUCGAAUGCCACCAUUUUGGUGGACAAAGUCCAGCUCUAUAUCUACGCAGAAUCCGAAAAUAAAAGCGGUAGCCUCGUUUCCCUACUUCCCAAUUCUGCUGGAGUGUUUGAGGCUAGGGUGAACCCGAUAGUGGUUAGGGAUUUUGAAUUGGAGGAAGCCCAUAUCCUUAUGAAGAGUGAAGUAAACCAUACCUCAACUGGCCAGGUGCAAGUUUCUACAGAAUUCACUCUCCGCCUCUCAAAGACAACACUAGGAGGAAAUGCAAUCGCUGUACAUAAACUUGUUUUUGUUGUGACUUCUCACGACAAAAAUAAAACAGAACAUCGGCACGAUCAACAUUAUUACCUGAAUUACACAAAGACACAGGGAAAAGGAACUUCAACUAAUCAGGCUGUGCCAACUGCUGCAGCCACAUUUUUAAUACCUGUGGUAAUCAUACUCUGCAUUGAAUUCAUGCUGAUUGCAAUGCACGGUGCAAUCAUAAAAAACCCCUUGUUUCCCAAAAAGGUGUGCAGUGCUCACAGAGCACAGAUAACUCAAGUACUUUCAAUUGCUGGAGCUCAGUGGCCACAAGACACCAAACCUCAAAUUGGGUUCCAUACCACACAGGAACUAGGAGUAUCACUACUCCCUCCUCCUGGACAGGAGCAAAGUCAAUGCAGAAUCCACCAUCCCCUGGUACCCUGGUAUCCAUUUCUUAUCCAGGAGAGAGGCUUCAUCGAAGGAGUGUCUCCCCUUAGAAUAUGA